CAAUUCUCUCUCUCUAUCUCUAUCUCUCUCUCUCUCUCUCUCUCUCUCUUCAGUCUUCACCCAUACUGUUCCUUUCUGUUUCUCUCUCUUAAUUUUUUGUUUCUGCGUCUCUCUGCUACAACCCGACGACAAACUCCGCGCUGGCAAAGAUUCCCUCUUCCUUCUCUCUUUUCUUUUUCUUUUUCUCUUUUUCCUUUAUCUUUCUCCCUCUUUCCUAACCCUAAAAAAUUUUCCCGAGAAACAAACGCUGCCGACUAUCGCCAUCACCAUCAUGACGCCGAUUACACUCGUGAUUUACCACCAAUAACUUCUCUUUCACCCCUAAUUUCCGCCAUAGUAGUAACAAAAAGCGGUGUUUUCGAGCUCGUGGUUUCUCUUCAGCUGAGAGCUGAGAGAGAGAGAGGCUGACAUGGGCUGCACCACCUCAAAGCUCGACGAUCUGCCGGCGGUGGCGCUCUGCCGCGAGCGCUGCGCCUCCCUCGACGAGGCGAUGCACCAGCGCUACGCUCUCGCCGAGGCUCACUUCGCUUACGUUCACUCGCUCAAAGGAAUCGGUAACUCUCUGCACAAAUUCGUCGAGCAUGAAUUGGCUAAUAGCAAUCAUCAUUACUCUUCUUCCCCCGGUUCGCCUCCUCCGGUGAAGCUCAAUCUCCCUCCUCAGAAGAAAGGCGAUCCCGAUGGUAAUCACGCCGUCCAAGCGUUGAAAUCGGCGCACUCUCACUCCAAUUCCGAUACGCACCUCCAAUUCCACUCCGAUUCCGAUUCCGACGAUUCCGGUUCGCUUCACCACUCCGACGACGACCACGACCUCGAUCACCCCUCGCCGCUGCACGGUUCCGGCGGUCAUUACAUGGAGACGGAUCAAGGCCCACUAGGUCCGUACGGCGGCGGAUAUAUGCACAUGAAUUACAUGAAGAACAAAGCGACGCCGUCUGUGGUAUAUGAGCAGAGGCCACUCAGUCCCGAGACGGUUUAUCACAUGGGUGAAUCGUCUUCUUCCGCUUCUUAUUAUCCCUAUAACAAUUAUAUGAACGCCAAUACUAAUCCUUAUCCGCACGACGGAUAUCCCAAUUACGGCGCUGGAAUUGGCGGCUACUACGGUGGUUCACCGCCGCUUAACUAUGGGGCUAUGUCGCCGGCGCCGGCACCGGCGGCGUCUUCUUCAAAGCCACCGCCACCACCUCCUUCGCCGCCGAGGGCUUCGGCGUGGGAGUUUUUGAACCCGUUCGAGACCGAGGAUAAGUAUUUUUCGCAGUACACGCCGAGUCGGGAUUCGAGGGAGGUGAGGGAAGAGGAGGGGAUUCCGGACUUGGAAGAUGAGGACUACCUGCACGAGGUUGUCAAGGAGGUUCACGGAGAUCAGAAGUUCGCCGGAGACGGCGGGAAGCAUUCGAAGGCCGAUGUUGACGACAAGGUUGUUGACGAACCGGACGUAUCGCUUUACCAGACAAGGCCGAGCGUUUCGAAGGAGGGCGAACGUGGGGUGGAGUUUGACGUUCACGUGGUCGACAAGAAGGUCGUCGACGAUGAGGAGAGGUCCAAAGGGGGUGGCGGGUCUGGGUUUAAGGGCCGAGGUGGUUUUCGGGAUGUUUUCGAAGUGGUCAGAGAAAUUGAUGCUCAAUUUCAGCGAGCUUCGGAGUCUGGAAAUGAAAUUGCCCAGAUGCUCGAGGUGGGCAAGCUUCCUUAUGGCCGUAAACAUGUUUCUUCCAAGAUGUUGCAUGUGGUUACUCCAUCUUUAUCAGUUUCUCAGCCGUCAACAUCCAAGGGCGCGGAGUCCUCGUCCUCUGCCGACAAGGCUGGUCCCGCCCAGUUGGACUUUGAAGAAGAAUUGCGCACGAGAUCGAGAAAUCUUUCUUCGACAUUGCACAAGCUAUACCUCUGGGAAAAGAAGCUUUACAAUGAAGUUAAGGCUGAGGAAAAGAUGCGAGUAAUUCAUGAUAGAAAGUGCCGUAAGCUGAAGCGUUUAGAUGAAAGGGGUGCUGAGGCGCACAAAGUUGAUACAACUAGGACUUUAAUAACGAGUCUCUCUACAAAGAUAAGAAUUGCAAUUCAAGUAGUUGAUAAGAUCUCCGUGACAAUAAAUAAUAUCAGGGAUGAAGAAUUAUGGCCACAACUUAAUGAAUUACUUCACGGGUUAACCAGGAUGUGGAAAUGUAUGCUUGAAUGCCAUCAUAUUCAAUGUGAAGUAAUCAGAGAAGCUAGAGGUUUAGGUUCCAUUGGAUCUGGUAAAAAGCAUGGCGAUGCACAUCUUGAAGCCACUUUGCAGUUUGGGCGUGAGCUUCUUAACUGGACUUUCAGAUUCUCUACUUGGAUAAGUGCCCAAAAGGGUUUUGUGAGGGCUUUAAAUAAUUGGCUUGUCAAAUGUCUUUUAUACGAACCUGAAGAAACACCAGAUGGAAUAGUUCCCUUUUCACCUGGCAGGUUAGGUGCGCCCCCAGUUUUUGUAAUCUGCAAUCAGUGGUCACAAGCCAUGGACAGGUUAUCUGAAAAAGAAGUGGUUGAUUCCAUGCGUGUAUUCACGAUGAGUGUGAUUCAGAUUUGGGAACAAGAUAAGCAGGAAGCGCGUCAAAAGAUGAUGGCAAACAAGGAUCUGGAGAGAAAAGUGAGGAACAUGGAUAGAGAGGAUCAGAAGAUGCAGAAGGAGAUUCAAGCAUUUGACAAGAAAAUGGUGCUGGUGUCGGGAGAAAAUAACAGUCUCUCAGUAAGUGGGCAUAUUGUAUACCAGAGUGACACUAGCAAUACCAGCGUGCAGGCUAGUUUGCAACGCAUUUUUGAGGCCAUGGAAAGGUUCACGGCUAAUUCCAUGAAAGCUUAUGAGGAGCUUUUGCAGCAGAGCGAAGAAACGGUUUCUAGACAGCAAGAGAGAGUUUCAUAGGCCGUUUUACGCGGUCAGAUAUGCCAAUCUCUCUGGGUUGGCAAGUUGAGUGAUCAAAAAGCUCAUCUUUGAGAUAUCUCUUCCCUGGAAUCUUGCUGUACAGUCAUCAAUUGCUUUCUGGUCAUGUUCACCUCAAGGAUGCUAAUAAAGUUGAAGUUGGCCGGAAGGACGUGUACAAUGACUUUGCAGCAACCCAUACUGUGGCAAAUGGCAUCACCAAUCUGAAGGAAUAUAUUGUCUGGGUUGACAAAGCAGUUUCAGGUUUAUUGGGACAAGCACCCCCAAUUGUCUAAUAAUCAAAACAGGAACGGAAAAAAAAACCGGCACACACGACGAGGAGAGGCCAUUUUGAUUAGAAAACUGCCACUGAAUUUGUUUUAGCAAAACAUCAGAUUCACAAGCUGAUUCUGGGGCAAGUUGCUCGAGCAAUAAUAGGCUGGCUGAGGCCACUUUUGUCGAUACGAUUCUUUCAUGAACUCUCUUAUUGCGAGGGAGUAAACAGCCAAAUGCUCUGAUUUCUUGUCAUCGUAUUGCAAUUUGGCCGUGUGUGGGAACAGCACGCAAAGAAUCCAUGAGCUGCCUUUCAUGAAUGGAGCAGGAAGUCCUGCAGAAUACACAAAAAAAAUCUCAGUAAGCGGAUUUCCUUUCAGUUUUGCAUUAUAAUGAGUUUCAGUGUAGGUUUAUUUAUGGGCUGCCUGGAGUGACGCAAGUCACAUAGAUGCCCAUCGAUUACAAGAUCUUGUACGACAUAUAUAUAUAUAUAUAUAUGUUUUCCUUUUUGACCUUUUUAGGUACUUUCAUUUUUAUUAAAUUAUUGUACAGGAGACCUUUUUUUUUUUUUUUUGAUAAUUUAGCUGAGUGAACACUUGAGAAUAAAAGCGGGGUUUGA